AUGAAUCCCAUAGCCAAAUGUUACCUGAUGUUCUUCCUCCUUUUGGCAGUUCUCUUGCCCGAGGCGCGCGCGAAUUCGUGCCACCCCGGCGACCUCCGUGCGCUGCUGGACUUUGCCGGGAGCCUCAAUGGUCGGGAUGUCCUCCUCCGUGCCACGUGGUCCGGCGCCGCAUGCUGCAGCUGGGAAGGCGUGGGUUGUGACGCCGCCAACGGCCGUGUCAUGGCACUACGCCUCCCCGGGCGAGGCCUCAAGGGGGCCAUCCCAGGAACCUCACUUGCAGGCCUUGCGCAGCUCGAGGAACUCGACCUCGGCUCCAACAACUUUCACAACAUCUCAGGGGUGCUCACCGUGUUGCAUGGGUGCCAGAACCUCGCCACGUUGAUUCUCACCAAGAAUUUUGGUGGUGAAGAGCUACCCGGCGAUAGUAUUAUUGGUGGGUUCAAGAGCCUCGAGGUGCUGGCCCUUGGUGAUUGUGCUCUCAAGGGCAGGGUUCCGGAAUGGUUGUCUCAAUGCAAGAAAAUGGAGGUGCUUGAUUUGUCUCGCAACCAAUUGGUCGGCACCAUUCCAUCGUGGAUUGGUGAGCUGCACCACCUUUCCUACUUGGAUCUCUCAAAUAAUUCAUUGGUUGGCGAGGUACCUAAGAGUUUGGCACGACUAAAGGGCCUCGCCACCGCUGGGCAUUCAGAGGGCAUGACUUUCACUAACAUGCCAUUGUAUGUGAAGCAUAAUAGAAGCACACUGGGACGACGACUUAACGAGCUCCCAAAUGUCAUAACAGGGACCAACAAUGUUGUGAGAUCCGGGAGAAAGAAUGUUGUAUCCGGAAACGACAAUACUGUCAUAUUUGGGGAUGAAAACACCGUAUCUGGGAACAACCAUGCGGUAUAUGGGAAUCACAACACCGUAUCCGGGAACAACCACGUCGUAUCUGGGAGCAAGCAUGUUGUAUCUGGGAGCAGGCAUGGUGUAACUGGGAGUAGCAGUGUCGUAUCUGGGUUCAACAAUGGCGUAUCUGGGAUCAACCAUGUCGUAUCUGGGAGUAACAAUGUCGUAUCUGGGAGCAACAAUGUUGUAUCUGGGAUGAACCAUAUCGUAGUUGGGAAUAACAAAGUUGUAUCAGGAGCUUAA